UUGUUGGUACAUGAGCUACCCCAUGUAUGAAUCAUGCCUCAUGAUGGAGUUGAAUGCCUCGGGCAUUUUUAACUUCAACAUCGUUGAUGCCUUCAAGAUCAUUCAAGAACACCAGACAAGGGACCACAACGUAGAUGGAGUGACUGAGGUGAUCUUGAUCUGUGUCUACGGCCUUCUUAUAGUGGCUGGACUCUCAGCCAAUAUGGUGGUCAGUUUCGUGGUAGCUCGUCGUCCUCAGAUGCACACUCCCAGGAACCUCUACAUCGUUAACCUGACCAUCUCUGACAUGACGUUGUGCCUGAUCUGCAUGCCGUUCACCCUCGUCUCCAUCCUGAGACGCCAGUGGUCGCUGGGUCUGAUUCUCUGCAAGCUCGUACCCGUCAUCCAGGGCGCCAACAUCAUGGUGUCCGUCGGGACCAUCACUGUCAUCGCCUUGGAUAGGUACUUGACUAUAGUCCGAAGUCAAGAGGUUACGAAUAACAAAAGAAGAGCUGUCACAUCUAUCGUCCUUGUAUGGGUGAUAUCAGCUUUGGCCACCCUUCCGGUGGGAUUCUUCCAGAUCGUUGAACCAGUGGUGUUCCACAAGGUAGUAUUGUACGAGACGUGUAUAGAACGAUGGCCCUCCCAGAGGCUGAAGGUGGCCUACGCUGUAGCCGUGCUGCUGGUACAAGCAGUCAUACCGGCGCUGGUAGUGUGUGUGGUUCACGCACGCAUCGCCUCCUAUCUGCACGCACACGCACGCACACAGAAGGACCUACGCAGAGCUCACAGGGAGAUACAGAGGAACAGGAGAACUACGCUGCUUCUUUCAGGUGUAGCUAUCCUGUUCGCUCUCAGCUGGCUGCCUCUGGGUAUCUUCUCCUUGACUGCGGAUAUUUACUACUCCGGCGAGUCCUACACCGAAGUCACCUCUCAGGAGCUGUACGUGGCCUUGGCUGUUUGUCACAUCACCGCCAUGUCUUCCGCGGUCUCCAACCCCGUGGUGUACGGCUGGCUCAACACCAAUAUACGUCAGGAGUUCCUGCAGCUGCUGCCCUCCAGGUGUGCCAACCCUGCGCUACAAGAGGAAGGGACCACCAAGACAGUUCUACCAACCACGACGCUGCAUAGACGUGACAGUGUCACUGUGCUGUUACAGCCACAAACACUGAUUACUGUGUUAUAAUGUUGAUGUGAAUAAUUGUAAACUUAUCUACUGCUACCGAAAGAUCAGGAACUAACUAACUUUAUAGGCGAAACCGUUUAGUUUGAAGAGUAUAGUGGAGAUUAAAGGAUUCCGAAUGUGAAGGCCCUAAACUCCAACUCCGCGACCUAAAGCAUAAUUUUAUGCAAUGAGCAUGCAAGUAUUCACACCACACUGUAAAACCUUUGGUUUGGUAGGCCCUAAACUAAAUAACACCAUAACAAACGUGAAAUUAUCUUUUCAGCUUUUCACUCGAAAAAUACUAAAUACUACUUAAAGUUAGAGACUUGCAAGUAAAAUUUGUAUUUAAUUUGAAGUUAUACGUGUUCUAUUUUUUAAUUUUUAUACAUUUUUCAACUUUAUGAUAGACAAAUCUAUGGUUAGCAUAGAUAGACGACAAAGAAACACGGCUUGGACAGUUUGUUUCGUAACCUUUACUAAAACGUGUGAAAACACAAUUAAAAAUAUUAAGUAUGAUGUGCAGUAUAUAAAGUUUAACGACGCCAAUUCUGGUGGAUGUAUGUGUAUCUGAGGAUGGCAUUUUAAUGCCGAAACGGCCGUAAUAU